CCGAGCCGGGGCGGGACGACGGAGCCCGGAGGUGGCUGAGCGCCGAAAUCCAGCCACCAGCGUGCACUGGACACCGAGGGACACACACCGCGGGACCCCGGCGUGCGCCUGGCUCCGCAGCCAUGGAGAAGGCGAAGGCGAAGGCGCGACCGCUCUGGUCCAACCCGCUGCAGUUCGUCUUCGCCUGCAUCUCCUACGCCGUGGGCCUGGGCAACGUUUGGCGCUUCCCUUACCUGUGCCAGAUGUACGGCGGGGGGAGCUUUUUGGUGCCAUACAUCAUCAUGCUCAUCGUGGAGGGAAUGCCACUCCUGUACAUGGAGCUGGCCGUUGGUCAGCGCAUGCGGCAAGGAAGCAUUGGUGCCUGGCGGACCAUCAGCCCCUAUCUUAGUGGUGUCGGUGUCGCCAGUGUGGUGGUCUCCUUCUUCCUCUCCAUGUACUACAAUGUCAUCAAUGCCUGGGCCUUCUGGUACCUCUUCCACUCCUUCCAGGACCCCCUGCCGUGGUCUGUCUGUCCACUGAACAGCAACCACACAGGCUAUGAUGAAGAGUGUGACAAGGCUUCCUCCACGCAGUACUUCUGGUACCGGAAAACCCUCAAUAUCUCGCCGUCCAUUGAGGAAAAUGGGGGUAUUCAGUGGGAGCCAGCGCUCUGCUUGCUCCUGGCCUGGCUCGUGGUGUACCUAUGCAUCCUGCGGGGCACUGAGUCCACUGGCAAGGUGGUGUAUUUCACUGCAUCGCUGCCCUACUGUGUGCUGAUCAUCUACCUGGUCCGAGGCCUCACACUCCACGGAGCCAUCAAUGGCCUGGCCUACAUGUUCACCCCCAAGUUGGAGCAAUUGGCCAACCCCAAGGCCUGGAUCAACGCUGCCACCCAGAUCUUCUUCUCACUCGGCCUGGGCUUUGGCAGCCUGAUUGCCUUCGCCAGCUACAACGAGCCAUCCAAUAACUGCCAGAAGCAUGCGGUCAUUGUGUCCCUCAUCAACAGCUCCACCUCCAUCUUUGCCAGCAUUGUCACCUUCUCCAUCUAUGGCUUCAAAGCCACCUUCAAUUAUGAGAGCUGCUUGAACAAGGUCAUUCUGCUGCUGACCAAUUCUUUCGACUUGGAGGAUGGAUAUUUGACACACAGCAACCUGGAGCAGACCAAGGACUACCUAGCAUCCACCUUUCCUGACAAGUACAAUGAGGUGUUCCCACAGAUUAAAAACUGCAGCUUGGAAUCAGAGUUGGACACAGCUGUCCAAGGCACUGGCCUGGCUUUCAUCGUCUACACUGAAGCCAUUAAAAACAUGGAGGUAUCACAGCUUUGGUCUGUACUAUACUUCUUUAUGCUGCUGAUGUUGGGCAUGGGGAGCAUGCUGGGCAACACGGCUGCCAUCCUCACUCCCCUCACCGACAGCAAACUCAUCACCAGCUACCUUCCCAAGGAAGUCAUCUCAGGUCUGGUGUGCCUCAUUAACUGUGUCGUUGGCCUGAUCUUCACCAUGGACGCUGGCAACUACUGGUUUGACAUAUUCAACGACUAUGCAGCCACGCUGUCCCUGCUGCUCAUUGUGCUGGUGGAGACGAUUGCUGUGUGCUACGUGUACGGACUGAGGAGAUUUGACAGUGACCUAAAAUCCAUGACAGGCCGCACGCUCAACUGGUACUGGAAGAUCAUGUGGGCUGGUGUGAGCCCCCUUCUCAUCAUCAGCCUCUUCAUCUUCUACCUGAGUGACUACAUCAUGACAGGGACCCUGCAGUACCAGGCAUGGGAUGCCUCCCAGGGCCAGCUCGUGACCAAGGAUUACCCGCCAUAUGCACUGGCUGUCAUUGGCCUACUGGUGGCCUCCUCUACCAUGUGCAUUCCCCUCGUGGCCCUGGGAACUUUUGUCAUGCGCCGCCUCAAAAAGGGAGACACAACUCCAGUGGCUUGAGGACUGGGCUGCUCAGAGCCAGCAGUCAGCCACUUACGGUUUCACAGCCAUUGUGCACAGGUGGAAAACUCCUGGAUGCUUUAAAAAAUAUAUUAUCCAGCAGUGCUCAGCCUGUUAUCUUCCUGAGUCUGUCAAGAAGAAUCGAGAUGGUGUGAAAGAAGGAGACUCCCAUGGGGAGAGACCAGGACCCCGCAUGACUGCCCACCUCUACGGUCGCAGGGGCAGCCUCUUGUCAGGAGUAGGCAAGUUUCUUGAGGCUGGUCAUGAACAGACUUGCUCUCCGGAUUCUACACAAACUCCAGAAGGCCACCUCAAGUUUAACUACAAUUUUUAAUGGAUAAAAAUGGAAAC